AUGUCUGAGGCUACUAAGAAGACGGCGCCUACCCUGAGCCAGCGUGAGACUGAAAUCCUCAUUGCUGCUCUUACGAAUGUCAAAAGUGGCGAACUCCUGAUCGACUAUCCUAAUAUGGCCGUGACUCUCGGUGUUGCGAGCGUUCCUUCAGCCACUGCACGCUGGAGCGAGGUCAGAAAGAAACUUGGAAUCCCCACCAAGAAGUCUACUGGUGCUGCUAAUGGCGAGCCGUCCACCCCCAAGGCCAGAACUCCUCGCAAGCCAGCUUCGACCAAAAAGGCCCCAAAAACUCCAGCUCGUGCCAAAGAUGGAGCAGACGGCGAGGAGGACGCAGAUGAGCUGGCUCCCCCUCCCGCGACUCCUCAGGCUGACAGCAAUGACGAAGUAGAUGUUCCGGCUACUCCCAAGACUCCAGAGACACCUGCUGCUACAAAGAAGCGUGGUCGUAAGACCAAGGCAGAGAAGGAAGCCGAAGCUGCUGCCAACGGUGCUGAUGCUGACGUCGAGGACAAGGACGAGAAGCCAGCCAAGAAGCCUCGCAAGACUCCAGUCAAGAAGAAAGCUGCUGCCGCUGACGCUGAUGGCGAAGCAGAAGUCACCGUAACUCCAGCAAAAGCCAAAAAGGCAACUCCACGCAAAACCGCUGCCGCACGCAAGAAGGCUGCCGCUGCUGAAGCCGUUGUUGCAGACGCAGAAGAAGCUGACGAUGCUGCCGAUGAUUCCAGAGUCAAGAAUGAGAAGCUUGCAGCUGACGCUACGAUGGCGAAUGACGUUCUCAAUGGCAACAAAACCAUGACCCCACACCCUGAAGCCGACGGUGAGAACGCAGAUGGCGCAUCGCAAGUCGAGCAGGAGGAGAAUGGCAGUGAUGAUGAUGAUCUCGUCGUCGAAGAUGCCGGCGUCACUCAGGACACUUCCGAGACUAUUUCAGUCGUUCACUCUGACGUCUAA